UAAAGAAGCUUUACUAAAUAAGCGAGCAUUGCACAACAUAAAUCAAUGGAUAUGCUAUCUCAAAGCGUUUGCGAUCACUAAAAACAACCGGUGACUAAUCUUUCUCUAUCCCCACGAUAAGGCGCCCCAACAGCUUCAUCAUUUGGGUCUAUAAAGUCGUGCGGAGGCCCUCACGCCAAAGCGCAGAGACCGACACAACAGUGCACACAUCACAGCACAGCAAACCGCAGCCCCUCCCACGCCUCUCAAAGCUGAUUUAUUUAUCAAAUCAUAACCCCCCUUCGCCGUUCCUGCUUGGAGUGCACAGCAUCGCCGGCCCGUCCUCCUGCACCUCCGGCAUUUCGUGGGAACUGAUGGGGUGCAAGUCGUGCCAGAAGCCCAAGGCGCAGCACCGCAAGGGGCUGUGGUCGCCGGAGGAGGACCAGAAGCUCCGCGAUUUCAUCGUCCGCCACGGCCACAGCUGCUGGAGCACCGUCCCCGUCAAGGCCGGGCUUCAGCGGAACGGCAAGAGCUGCAGGCUGCGAUGGAUCAACUACCUGAGGCCGGGGCUGAAGCACGGCAUGUUCUCCCGGGAGGAAGAAGAGACCGUCAUGGGCCUCCACGCCGCCCUCGGCAACAAGUGGUCUCAGAUAGCGCAGCACCUGCCGGGCCGGACGGACAACGAGGUGAAGAACUACUGGAACUCGUACCUCAAGAAGCGCGUCGAGGGCGCGCGGUCACCAGCGAAAUCCGCCGGCUCGGGCGCGCCCCGGAGCCCCACGCCAAGCGAGAGCGGCUGCGGCCGCGAACGCAGCGUCGUUAACCAGCAGCCGUGCAACUCCGGCUCGUCCGGGCCGCCCGAAUCGUCGUCGACGGCCGACGAGUCGAGCAGCCUCACAGUCCCCGGCGCGGCCGUCUCGAUCCGGCCGCACGCGCCCGUGCUCCCCAAGGUCAUGUUCGCGGACUGGCUCGACAUGGACAUGGACAUGGACUACGGCACCGGCAUGAUGGCUCCAGCUCCGAGCGCCCUGGACGCGGCCUUCGGCGGCAGCCCGGCGCAGCAGGCCGUGAGCAACGCGGCGGACUCGUUGCAGGAGCUCGGCGACGGCGGCAUCUGCUGGGGGUUCGACGCGGGCCAGAUGCACAUGCAGGACGGGGCAGGGUUCUGCGACCUGCUCUCCAUGAGCGAGUUCCUCGGGAUCAACUAGGCGGGCGGGAGAGACGGGGGCUUGAACCGCCGUGAUCGAUGGAGCGAGCGGCCAAGUGUUGUGCGGCUCGUCGCGGGGUGGGGUGUCAGUUUGAUUCGUUGUUCGGUGCUGUAAAUCAUCGUGCCGUGUUUGUGCAGUUUUAAACCUUUCUUUUUUUCCUUUUUGCGGGUAAUUGUGCAGUUUUAAACUUUAGCGUGCAAAAUAGCAUACGAAGCGUUGCUUCUUCGUAGAGUUUGUAGCCCCGCUCUGAGUCCCGGAGAACGUGCAGAAAUAAUAACGGAGCACAAGGAUUUCAUGGUUUCAUUUCUGAA